AUGUUUGCGCCCAGCUCGCAGCCCGAUGGGCUGCAAGACGUGCUCGAGCAAUACCUGCAUCUCGAAGAAGCAGACGCUACGGUGGAAUUGCCAACGGUCGACGACACCGUCGUCGACCGUGAUGUGAGGAUGUCGAUAGACCCUAUCGACAUGACGCUGGCCGAAGCCGCCGCCAGCGCUGGCUGGCAAACCGACGAAAACGAAGAUUUCAGUGGCUGUUUUUCGCCCGUCGAGCCCGACGCAUUCAAGUUUUACAUUCCGCGGCACAGGUUGGGCCGCUUGACACACACCGUGUCGCGGCCCGCGCAAAUGGGCCAGUCGCCGUCCCCUGUGGCGCGCAGCACGUCCUUCAAUUCUGUCAUUUCCGCUGGAACCGAAGUGGACGCGCUGUUACGAGAGGGAGAAUUUUGGAACGAAGAAUUGCAUCUCUUACGCACCCAUGAGCUUGGCACCCAGGCUCAGAUUUUGUCUGGAACUUCCAAAACAGCUGCAUUCCUCAUAUGUCCAGUCACAGGCUGCGACAACAGCAUACUGUGCUCCGAACAUGCUCUGUGGGAAAAACAUAUUUCGCAUUCGGAGGAUUCGUGCCGCGAAAUCCCACGGAAUCCACCCUUACCACUCGAAGAGCUCAUUGCACACUUUGAAGAAAAUCGAAAUGAAACGAUAACGCAUUCAUCCGUGAACCUGAACCUGUUCGUCAACAACUAUGUUCCACGGUCUAAUUACAUUGCCACUGUGUCGGUUGAAACCGAAAAAUCGCCCCAAUUCUCCAAAGAGGAAGAACUCAUUCACGUUGUUUGCAAUAAAUUGUCCCGAUACUGUGGCUAUUUUUUCGCUGAUUCCCGAGAACAGGAAUAUUUUGACAAAAUUCGAAUGCAGGAGAUUUUCUACCGCUUAAACAAAACCUAUUUUGAUUCUGUGGAUUACUAG